AUGGCGAUUAUGAUCCUGUCGCGGGGUAAAUGUGGCCUCUCCGUCUGCACGACGCGAUACCUGGUCGCCAUGGCAGCCGCGGAUCUGUGGUCCAUUAUCAUCACAGUAAUCAUAUGGAGGAUCAUAUUUUAUUAUAUCCCGGGCUCCAUCCUAGAGGUAACCCCGGUGUGCGCUGUAAUUGCCGGACUGUUCUUGUUCAUUACGGACUGUUCUGUGUGGUUCACGGUCGCUUUCUCAUUCGAUCGCUUUAUUGCCAUUUGCUGCAAUAAGUGGAAAGCGAAAUACUGCAGCGGGAAAGUCGCAGCUGCCGUGCUGGCAACCGUCUGCAUUUUAUUUUGUUGUAAAAAUGUUCCCAUUUACUUUACGUUGGAAGCUGAGAAGUUAGUGGACGGUGUCCCGUGGGGGUGUCCGAGGAAACCCAGUUAUUUCACGGAGCCCGGAUGGGUGGCAUACGACUGCCUGGAUAAAGUGUUAUGUCCACUCUUACCAUUCGCUUUGAUCUUGUUGCUCAAUGCCCUGACGGUGAGACACAUUUUAGUAGCCAAUAAAAUCCGUAAGAGACUGAGGGGUCACGGAACGGAAGAGAAAAUCAGUGACCCGGAGAUGGAGAAUAGACGGAAGUCGGUCGUUUUGCUCUUUGCGCUGUCCGGCAACUUCAUUCUUUUGUGGUUGGUUUACGUCAUAUAUUUCUUCCAUUACGUCAUUGCUCAAAUAGAUCCCGAGCACGAUACUGACUCCACCUUCAUAUUUCAGCAAAUCUCGUUCAUGUUGCUGACCUUAAGUUGUUGUACAAAUACGUUUAUUUAUGCGGUAACUCAGACGAAGUUCAGAGAGCAGCUUCAGAGCGCAUUGAAAUAUCCGAUCAUCACCAUCAUUCAAUUAGGUAUGGUCCGGAAUAGAUGA